AGAAGAGCAGCAAUAUAUCAUCGUCACCCUGCUGCAUGUUGUCACUGGCCAUGUUUGAGGUUUGGCUGCAGAGGACAAAACAUCGGGCUCUGGUGGAGGAACUCAUUCAGGUGGUCUGGCAGCUUUUCCAGGUUUCACUCUGAAGAAUGGAAGGUCUCCACAUUAACAGCAGCUCACAGAACCAAAGCUACGAUUACAGCAGCACCACCUCCAACUACUUUGAGCCCAGCGUGAUAUAUGUGGUGACCUACAUAGUCGUUGCUGUCGGCCUUCCUCUGACCCUCAUGGCCAUCUAUGCUUUUUAUUCUAUGGUGAGAAGUGAUCAAGUUGCUCCCAUCUACGUCAUCAACCUUCUCAUUACUGACCUGAUUCAGUUCUGCUACAUGAUCGUUGAGGUGGCACCAAAUGUGGAUAGGAAUAUAAAGAUAAUCUUCAUAUAUAUUUACCUCUCUGCUGUGUUUGCCAGUGUUUACUUCAUGGUCUGCAUCUCCCUGGAAAGGUAUUUGGUCAUCGCCCACCCACUGUGGUACCGCUGCAGACGAUCCAUCAAGACCUCUGUGGUGGUCUGUGUCCUGGUCUGGGUCCUUUCUGCUGUCUGUGGCGUCUGUUUCUAUUUCACUGAUGUCACACACACACUCUUUGCCGCCCUCCUCCUCCUCCUUCCCUUCCCUCUGUUAAUAUUCUUCCUGGUUGGGACCCUCAAAGCCCUGUCUGCUACCAUCUCGGUCCCCUCUGAUGAAAAACGACGAAUUGUGGGAAUUUUGGUUCUGGUGCUGCUUAUUUACACGCUGCUGUUCCUGCCCAGCAUCAUUUGGUUCUUGAAAUUAUACACUGACGGAUUGGUAGACUUCAGACUCAUCUUUCUGUCUCUAACAUUUCUUAGGUUCAGUCCUCUUGCAGACUUGUUCCUGUAUGUCUUCAUGAGGAAAGGGUUCAUAGACAAGCUUUUGGCCUCCCCUUACGAAAAAUAAGUUUAUUCAAGUGUGCUAUUAGAAUACUUGUUUUAAACUAAAAAUAAGAGAGUGUGCUUUCAGUCUACUUUCAAUAUACUUUUCAGAUAUAUACUUAACAAAAUUAUACUUAAGUAUACUUGGCUUAUACUGACAAGUAUACAGAAACGUAUAUUUGGCAUAUACUUGUACUUAAUCAUUUGAUCAAGAUAUACUAAAGAAAAGUAUUCUUUCUGAAUACUGAAAGUUUAAGUGUACUUGGCUUGUACUUGUGUUUACUCUUGUAACCUUAUUAAAUAAUUUUCACAUGAAA